UCUCGUGGCAGUCUCCUGCGGGAUCUCUUCCAGACAGCGGAGGACUCCGGUCUGCUGUCGUGUGGUCAGGAGCUCUCUCUGUACUCCAGACCUCAGCUCAGCACGGUCAGCGUCAGCUACAUGAAAGCGUGUCCAGGUCUCAGCGCAGUCUCGUCCUGCGAGCAGACGUCGGUGGAGAGCGUGGAGAGUGUGGAUGGCUCUGAGAGUGUCCUGCGCUCCUGGGGCAGUCACUCAUCGCUCGCUGAUGCCCAGCGCGUCCCGUCCUACGACAGCUUCGAGGAGGAGCUGGUCUCUGCUCCGCUGGGCCUCAGCAAACACGGCCUGUCCUUCAAAGACUACGUCCAGGAGAGGAACGAGCCUCUGGAGCAGGGCAGACCCGUGAUCCCCGCCGCCGUGCUCGCUGGAUUCACCGGAAGUGGCCCCAUCCAGCUGUGGCAGUUCCUGCUGGAGCUGCUGACGGACAGCAGCUGUCAGAGCAUCAUCAGCUGGACCGGAGACGGCUGGGAGUUCAAGCUCACUGACCCCGACGAGGUGGCCCGCCGCUGGGGGAAGAGGAAGAACAAGCCCAAGAUGAACUACGAGAAGCUGAGCCGAGGCCUGCGCUACUACUACGACAAGAACAUCAUCCACAAGACAUCAGGGAAGCGCUACGUGUACCGCUUCGUCUGCGACCUGCAGAACCUGCUGGGAUACACGGUGGAGGAGCUGCACGGCAUUCUGGGAGUUCAGCCGGACACCGAGGACUGAAGCGGCGGCGGGAACCCUGCGUCACGUCCAGACCUCAGCGGGGGUCUCUGUUUACGGGAGCGACCGAGCGCGAUUCUCCUUGCGGUUCUUCGGUCAGCCGAGAGUUAAAGACACUUUUAAACACUUGACACUGGGUUUGAUCUUUCCACGCUGUGUUCGCUCCACCAGGUGAUUCCUGUUACAAAGAUUAACCAACAGACGAAAGCCUGAAACACAGAGAGAGUUGGUUUUCCAGGAUUGCCUUACGAACGCAUCUCUUCAGAGAGAACCAGCGCUGAUCUUUCCAUUCGUUCACACCUGGAUCUUCACACCUGGUGGCCUUUCUAACGGAGAGACUCAAUCACUCUGAACUUUGAUUUAGCUUUGAUUUGAUGUCGAAUGUUGGUGCAGGAUUUGCGAGCGCUUCUGUUUUUCCUGAUAUUCCUGUGUAUUUUGUGAGUGUUUCAGUUCAUGUAUUUAUUGGAGUCUAGCUGGACUGCUUGUUGCUGGUUUUCGCUCCGGCCAAAGGGACGUGUAGAUUUCACGUCUGAAUGUUUACGUUUACCAAAGCUACGAGGCGUUAGCCUGACGCAGAACUGAAAGCUGCUUUCGUUUCGUACACUGGAGAUCUUUCAGGAUCAGAAGCACAGUUUGACUGUAAAUGUAUGCUGUUUAUUUACUCUGCGUUACUGUAGAGACGCCGGACUAUUCUUCUUCUUACUAUUAUUAUUAUUAUUAUUAAGAGAAUUUAUACGGAAACCAUGUGAUUGUAAAUGUGUUUGUAUGUAUUUGGUUGUUUUUCUAUAUCCAGUUGCUCUUUAGAGCAUGUUUAUUUUGCAGAUGAUUCUGAAAAGAGUUUUAUGAUGAUGAGAUUUAUUGAUCCGUUCGAGUGUUUUUAAGAGAGUCACUGCAGCAUCUCUUUAUUAAAGACGUCUGAACGUCCUCGGAUCCGUGACUUUACACCGGUGGAAACAUGUUCAGCAGGAUCUGUGUGUUUGACUCACGAGGAUCUGUUCAGACGUGCAUCUUUAUGUCAUGCCAAGUAUCUGUCAAAGUCAACAAUAAAUUCUUGUUAAAUGA